CAGAAAUCCAACAUGAUGCAAUCAGGACUUCCAGCUGUUUUCUUUUUCUUUUUGGGUUUGUCAUUUUGCCUGACAAUCCCUAUUCCCCUUGAAGACAGCCAUGAAUUCACAGAAAAGGACCUUCAGUUUGCAGAGCGCUAUCUCAGGACUCACUAUGAUCUCCAUCCGAAUCCUGCUGGAAUAAUGAGGAAGAGUGGAAACACAAUGGCAGCUAAACUUCGGGAAAUGCAAGCUUUUUUUGGCUUGGAGGUGACAGGCAAACUAGAUGAAGAAACAUAUGAGCUGAUGCAGAAACCAAGAUGUGGUGUCCCAGAUGUGGGGGAAUAUAACUUUUUCCCUAGAAAACUCAAAUGGUCAAAAAUGAAUUUGACAUACAGAAUUAUGAAUUACACUUCAGAUCUGAGACGUAAUGAAGUAGACAGAGCUUUCAAAAAAGCAUUUAAAGUUUGGUCUGAUGUGACGCCACUGAACUUCACCAGAAUACGAAGUGGUGUAGCUGAUAUCAUGAUCUCCUUUGGCACCAAAGAACAUGGAGACUUUUAUCCUUUUGAUGGACCCUCUGGAUUACUGGCACAUGCUUUUCCCCCAGGCCCAGACUAUGGAGGAGAUGCUCAUUUUGAUGAUGAUGAAGUUUGGUCAGAUGAUUCUAAAGGCUACAACUUGUUUCUUGUUGCUGCCCAUGAAUUUGGGCAUUCCCUGGGACUUGAACACUCUAGAGACCCUGGAGCUUUGAUGUUCCCAAUCUACACAUACACUGGAAAAACUGGUUUUGUGCUUCCUGAUGACGAUGUGCAAGGGAUCCAAGAGCUCUAUGGUGCUGGAGACAAAGAUCCCAACCCAAAACAUCCCAAAACACCUGAUAAAUGUGAUGUAGAAUUAUCACUUGAUGCAAUAACAGAACUUCGUGGAGAAAUGCUGGUCUUCAAGGACAGGUUUUUCUGGCGACUUCACCCUCAGAUGGUUGAGGCAGAACUGGUGUUGCUUAAGUCCUUUUGGCCAGAGCUUCCAAACAAAAUAGAUGCAGCUUAUGAAAACCCCAUCAAAGAUCUUGUGUUCAUGUUUAAAGGAAAGAAAGUCUGGGCUUUGAAUGGCUAUGACAUAGUUGAAGACUUCCCUAAAAAGAUAUAUGAAAUGGGAUUCCCCAAAGAAAUGAAAAGAAUAGAUGCAGCCGUCCAUGUCAAAGACACCGGAAAGACUCUCUUUUUUACUGGAAAUAAGUACUGGAGUUAUGAUGAAGAGGCAGAGGUUAUGGAAGAAGGCUACCCCAGGCUGAUAGAGGAAGAAUUCGCAGGAAUUGGUGACAAAGUGGAUGCAGUCUAUGAAAGAAAUGGUUACCUCUACUUCUUCAAUGGACCACUGCAGUUUGAAUAUAGCAUCUGGAGUCAAAGAAUUGUCCGUGUCCUGCAUACUAACUCCCUUUUUUGGUGCUAAUUACAUGUUAUAGGCUGCAGAGCA